GCUCGUUCUCUCUCAUCCCACUCCGCUGGAACCACUUCCGUUCGUAACUUAGUCCUAUCACGAUCGUUUCAAUGAAUUCCGGUGCAGAUGUCCCGGCGGGCGGUGCGGGUACGUCGGCUUGGAGUGUUGAAGCCAUUGGGAAGCGCAAGCGGGGGAAGUAUGCUGCGCGAGCGUGCCAGUACUGUCAGAAGCGCAAGAUCAAAUGUGAUGGCGAGGAGCCUUGCCGAAACUGUACCGACAGAGGACGGGACUGCCACCGCGUAGAUACAGACUACGCAUUCGCGGAGUCUGCGUAUCACGGGAACGGUUCACGCUCAAGCACUGCUGGCGCAAAGGCCGAUCAAG